GGUGAUACAAUGAAUUUAGUAAAGCAUGAACAUCAUGUAUUAAUAGAGGAAUUAACUGAGUCAAUCUAUGAUGCUUUAGAUUCUGAUGAUAUCUUUGGUAUUAUUUUCGCAUUUGUGGAAAGCAAGUAUCAAGCUGAAUUAAAAGAUGUAAACGAUCCUAAACUCAGACUUCAUAUAAUUCAGCAGAGAUUUUCUUUGGCUUUGGAAGAAUGUGGUUUGCUCGAUGAAAUCAUCAAAAGUUUUCCUGAACUUAAUCUGAACACGCGUUUAGAUGAGCUUAAAAAAGAACAAUCCACUUUACAAAGUAAUUUAUUAGAGUUGAAUGGGAAGAUUGAUGCUGUAAUUGAUGAAAUGACGAAACUCCAGAUAAAUUCUUUCGGUCGGGUUCUGUGUUUAUUUGAUAAUCGUGUAAUUGAUUUAGCCAAGGAUGAGGAAGAAAUUAUGGUCAUUGAAAGACCGAAUAAUCGGAUUUUGGAAUCAACCACAAAUCACUCCAAUGCUCCUGUAUGGAGAACAUUACAGCCGGCAGAGUUACUUCUUGGGUUACAACUCACACCGUUCCAACCAGUAUUAUACCGUAAAACACAACAUACCUGGUUUCCCGGUCGUGUGUUAUCCUGUCAUCAUCCAGUUUCAGAUCCGUCUGUACCUAAAUCAGAUAAAGAUAGAGCUAAGGAAAAUGAAAAUAUUCAGUAUACUAUUGCUUUGGACACAUCUUCAAAGUCAAAAUCAGAGAUUUGUUAUGCUGUAACUUCGUGCUUAGCACUAGCUUUUUCUGCAUACGAGUUAAAACAAAAGUAUCCAGUUGGAGCUCGUGUAGUCUCCAUAUAUCGAGAUGAUACCGGUGGAAUUGGUUAUUAUUCCGGUUUAAUUGCUGAACCGCCAAGUGAAAGAAAUAAUCAAAGAUAUUUAUUAUUUUUUGAUGAUGGUUACACGCAAUAUUCACCACCGAAUGAAAUUUUUCGUAUAUGUCAUCAGUCUAAAGAAAAUUGGAAAGAAGCGACUGAAUCUUCUCAAGAAUUUAUUAAACGUUAUUUAGCUCAGUAUCCACAGCGUCCUAUGGUGAGAUUAAAACCAGGACAGACUAUCGAAACUGAACUAGAUGGGGAUUGGAUACAAGCCACUGUGGAUAAAGUCGAUGCAAGCUUGGCUCUUAUGAAGUUUUCUAGAACUCAUUCUGAAUGGAUUUAUCGUGGCUCCACUCGACUGGAACCACUUUUCAGUGAUUUGCUUUCUAGUCAAAGUAAAACUGUCCCAACUCAUAAUCAACGAGUAGAAGUUGAAUAUAACAGUGUCGAUGUGUCAUUAGAUUCAAGUGCUAAACGUCGUAAAGCUCGUAAGUCAGCGACAGGCAAUCAAAAUACUGUCACAUCAGUUCGUACAUUGUCCGGUGGGGAUACACGUAAAAAGAAUCACAGCACUAAUCAAAGCAAUACUAAUACUAAAUCAUUGUCCAAUUAUGAUGGAGCAUUAAAAACUGCUGGUAAAAAUUCCGAGAAAUCCAUCGAUGCACAACAACGUGUAAUUCUAGAUCCAAUUACUAAUUUGACUGAAUUGGAAUCCGCUGGUACAACAACAAGUUAUUUAGAUAAUUUAUUUAAAGAAUUUGAUUAUAAACCAUUCGAAACACACAAGUGUGGUAAUAAUUGUUUGAAAAGUUACCGUAAACCAUCCAAUGCAUCAUCGUCACCAAUUUUAUGCUCAGAAAAUCCUAUGGAUUAUAAAGGUUUGAAUCCGUUGGAAAUUCCAUUCCAUUGCGGUUGGUUAAGGUUUUUAGCUAAAUAUGAUCCGCCAGUUAAUAAUAAAUGCAAUAUUGUAUACACUGCACCAUGUGGUCGUUCGUUAAGAUCAAUGCAUGAAGUUGAACGAUUUUUAGACAAAACAAAUAGUCAAUUAACUGCAGAUCUAUUCUCAUUCGAUACUACACUGAUUAUUAAUCAAGAAUUUCGUGCAGAAAAAACACUUACCAAUAUUGUUGAUUUAUCAUAUGGUAAAGAAAAUGUUCCAAUUCCUUGUGUAAACAGUGUAGACAAUGAAGUCCCUGGUUAUAUUGAUUAUACACCUCAACGACAACCUAUUGGUAAUGUCCCCUUGUUGAAUGAUUCUAAAUUUCUUGUUUGUUGCGAUUGUACGGAUAAUUGCCGUGAUCGAACUAAAUGCGCAUGUCAACAAUUGACGAUUGAGGCUAGUUCUUUAACAAAUCCAAAUGGUUUCGUUGAUAGCCAAGCAGGUUAUCGUUAUCGUCGGUUGGCCCAAUUUACUGUUGGCGGAGUGUAUGAAUGUAAUGCAAAUUGUCGUUGUGAUCGUCGAUGUAGUAAUCGAGUGGUUCAACAAGGAUUAUGGGUUAAACUUCAAGUGUUCAAAACUGCUCGCAAGGGUUGGGGUAUUCGUGCUUUGAAUGCAAUUCCCAAAGGUACAUUCAUAUGUACAUAUGCAGGAGCUAUUUACGAUGAAGCGAUGGCAGUUCAAGAAGGCUUUGAUUGCGGUGAUGAAUAUCAAGCUGAAUUAGAUUAUAUUGAAACAGUUGAAAAAGAUAAAGAAGGUUAUGAGUCUACAGUGGAAGAUUUAAGUGAAAUAUUAAACGAAGCAACAAUUGCUCUGAGUGAUACCAACAAAUGUCCUGAUGACAAUAAUAAACUGUCACAUGUUUCUUCUGUUACUGAUCAACCAGCUCCUGCUUCUCGUAGUACCAGUACUACCACAAGCAAUAAUGAUAAAGAUGAGUUUGAUUCAGAUACUAGACGAAAUGGAAGCAGUGCAACAUCACCUGUAUCUGAAUCAAUGGCUCUGGGUGUUGGUGAGAAUGAUGUUGAUGGUGAUGAUGGCGAUGAUGAUAUAACAAGUCGAAGUAGUGAAAUAAGCAGUAAUUCAUCUAAUCGUAAUACAAUAAAUUCCACAAAACCAUCAUUGUCAAACAAGUGUUACGACAGUAGUGAGUCAUGUGUAAAUACAGAUAGUGAUUUCAUACAAACUAGUAUUCAACAAAAUCCUAAUUCUGUCAGUGUUCGUCUUAAGAAAAAGAAACAUAAAAAAGAGAAGAAAAAGAGACGGAAAGAAAUCAUUUCAUUGCCUCCGGUAUAUUCAAAUCUUACAGAAAAAGCAGCACCGGAUAAGUAUACUAUUGAAAAUAUUUCUUCUGAGUUAAAUACUGAAGAAUUACACGAUGAUAUCAUGAUUGAUUCACCGGAACGCCCUAGAACAAAGCAUAAUAAUUCACCUGUACCAUGUAUUUCUAGUGAUUCAGAACAGAUGAUUGAUCUAAUAACCGAUCAUGAUGAUGUACAAUGUGAAGAAGAUAUUGAUCAAAUUGCCCCAUCAUGUAGUGAUGAACUACUAAUGCAAUCAUCUAACCUGUCACAUGAUGUCUACUACUACUAUAGUGAAACUAAUAAAAAUGAAAAUCAUUCCUCUAAUGAUAACACAACAUCCAAUAAUAUUCAAAAUCAAUCAAAAAAUCCUAAAGUCAAUAUAAUUUUCAAUGGAAAUAACAAUGAACAAAUUGUAUCGAUUCGUUCACGUUGUACUGUACAAGAUGUGAUUCAAGAAUUAGUUGAAACCACAAUACCAACAAAAACUAACAUUGAUCAAUCUAAAACAAUGCCAUUAACAAAUGAUACUCAAUCGAAAACUGUCAGUAAUAAUAAAACUCAUAAAAAAAAGUUGAAAAAAUUCAAAAUGUCUCAACAUUAUUAUUACAAGAAACCGAUAAAACCAAAAGUUCAAGUGAAUUUAAAUCCAAUUGUUGAAAAAGAAGACAUGUCAAUUCCUUCAUGCUUUUAUUCAAUUUCCAAUAGAAUUAGUAAUAAAUAUUCAAAUCAAGUGAAAUUGAAAAAUAAAUCAAAAAAGUCUUCUACUAAAUUGAAAUCGAAAUCAAAAUCAUUAUUAACAACUUCUUCUUCUUCAUCAUCAUCAACAAAUGAUUUAUAUAGUAAAAAGAGUGAAUUGAAAAAAUUCUGGUUAAAUCGAUCUGCUAGUCUACCACGUAGUUUUCGAUUGUUAGCUAAUGCUAAACAAUUGUUACGUGAAUCGGAUUUCAGUCGCGUACCAAUUGUACAAUUAUCUCCUUUGCAAAAUAAUAUUAAACAAGAAGACGAGACAACAGAGACUAAAAAUGACAUAAAGAAAAACAUUGAUGAUAGAAAGUUUGUCAAUAAUUCAGUUCAGUCUAAAGAUGAAUUUUCAGUUGAGGAUAAGAAAGAUGUAAAAGUUGAUGAACACUGUAGUAGUUCCAUAGAUUCUAGUGAUUCAAAGACCCCUCUUAAUGAUAUAAAAACUGACAAUUUAAAAAGUGAUUCCCAGUCAGAAACAAUCAAUGAUACAUCAAAACUCUCUUCAACCUGUAUAAAUCCAGCAUCACCUAAUCCUCAAGGUAGUCUCAAAUUAAGACUUCGACGUGUCAGUUCAACUAGUUCAUUUAAACCUGUACAUCCUUCUACUCCACCACCAGUAAACAAAGAAACUUCACAGUCUAAAGCAAAUCUAUCCGAUGUUGAUGAAAAGAAUAAUCGAGUUGGCAGAGAAUUGCGCAAACGUGAUAAAAUUCAACGUUCAACUAGUCUAGAAUCUGAAAUCAAGGAUAGAAAACCACCGGAACGUUCAAAAUCACAUCAAAAAGACGUUGAAAAGCAACAACAACAACCACAUCAUCACCAUCAUCAUCAUCACCAUCAUCAACAUCGUCAUCAUCAUCAGCAUCAUCAUCAUCAUCAUCAUCAGCAUAAAAAUAAUCGAUCACAUCAAUCACAACAACAAUCACAAUCUCAUCAACAAAAUCAACAACAAUUAAGUAAACGUAUGUAUCCUGUUGCUCAAAAAGACUGGCUACGUGCAAGAACCUAUUUCAAUGAUAUUAAUCCAUAUAUUAUGGAUGCUAAGAAAAUGGGCAAUCUUGGACGUUAUUUCAAUCAUUCAUGCAAUCCAAAUGUAUUUGUUCAAAAUGUAUUCAUUGAUACACAUGAUCCACGAUUUCCGGAAGUUGCUUUCUUUGCAAAACGGAAUAUAGAUGUUGGUGAAGAAAUGACCUGGGACUAUGGAUACACUGUUGAUGCAGUACCAUUUAAAGUAUUGUACUGUUAUUGUGGUGAACCUAAUUGUCGUAUAAGACUAUUGUGAAAAAUUGUACAGUCAAAUCAAUUCUUUGCAUUUUUAUCAUGUAUUAUUCAUAUUAUCAGAGAAUAGGAUUUUCUAUAAUAAAACUAAUUAUUUUUAUAUCACUACAAUUUAUUUAUAUUUCUAUCAAUUUGAACAAAUAAUUUUUUUUGUCAGUACAUCUGUUGUUACUUCUGUGUAUUAACAUGUCUAACUUUUGGGAUUAAGU